AUGGCGACCGGAAUCAAGAAGAUCAAGGUUAAGAACCCAGUGGUGGAGCUGGACGGUGAUGAGAUGACCAGGAUCAUCUGGCAAGAUAUCAAGGACAAGUUCAUCUUCCCAUAUCUCGACAUCGACAUCAAAUACUACGACCUGGGCCUGGAAUACCGCGACCAGACCGACGACCAAGUCACCCACGAUGCCGCCGAAGCCAUCAAGAAAUACGCUGUCGGCAUCAAAUGCGCCACCAUCACCCCCGACGAGGCUCGCGUCGAGGAGUUCAAGCUCAAGAAGAUGUGGCUCUCUCCGAACGGCACCAUCCGUAACGCCCUCGGCGGCACCGUCUUCCGCGAACCCAUCGUCAUCCCCCGCAUCCCCCGCCUCGUGCCCGGCUGGAAAGCCCCCAUCAUCAUCGGCCGCCACGCUUUCGGCGACCAAUACCGCGCGAAAGACCGCGUGAUCCCGGGAGAAGGCACCCUCGAGAUGGUGUACACCCCCAAAGGCGGCAAGCCGGAGGUGAUCCAAGUGUAUGACUUCCCGGCGGAGGGCGGCGUGGCGCAGACGCAGUACAACACGACGGAGUCGAUCCGCGGAUUCGCACACGCCAGCUUCAAGCUCGCGUUGAUGAAGAAGAUGCCGUUGUACAUGAGCACGAAGAACACGAUCCUGAAGGCGUACGAUGGCCGGUUUAAGGAUGUCUUCCAGGAGGUGUACGAGGCUACGUAUGAAAAGGAGUUCGAGGCGAACAAGAUCUGGUAUGAGCAUCGUUUGAUCGACGAUAUGGUCGCGCAGAUGAUCAAGAGCGAGGGUGGCUACAUCAUUGCUAUGAAGAACUACGACGGCGACGUCCAAUCCGACAUCGUCGCCCAAGGUUUCGGCUCCCUCGGCCUCAUGACCUCCGUCCUCAUCACCCCCGACGGCAAAUCCUUCGAAGCGGAAGCCGCCCACGGCACCGUCACCCGCCACUACCGCGAGCACCAGAAAGGCAACGAGACCUCGACCAACCCGAUCGCGAGCAUCUUCGCGUGGACACGGGGGCUGGCGAAGCGCGGCGAGCUGGACGGGACGCCGGAGGUGGUGGCGUUCGCGGAGAGCUUGGAGCGCGCGUGCAUCGAUACGGUGGAUGUGGAUGGGGUGAUGACGAAGGAUUUGGCGUUGGCGUGCGGGCGCAAGGACCGGGCGAGUUGGGUUGUGACGAAAGAGUAUUUGGAUGCGGUGGAGAGGCGGUUGAGGGCGAGUUUGAAGGAGAAGUUGUAG